AGCAUCAAUGUGUUGUUGUCGUUCUUCCUACACGCACAACACAUGCGCAUUGAUGCAGCCUCGUAUGUGUAUUCUCGGGGAUUCGUGCUCUCUUUUUCUUAAAACUCCGUCAAGAUGUCAGCCAAAAGAGCUGGAGGUGGAGCAGGAAGCAAAUUCAAGAUUUCAACGGCCUGUCCUGUCGGAGCUGUCGUCAAUUGUGCUGACAACACUGGAGCCAAGAAUCUUUUUGUGAUUGCAGUCAAGGCAUGCAGAGGUCGUUUGAACAGACUGCCCGCUGCCGCGAGUGGAGAUAUGGUUAUCGCCAGCGUCAAAAAGGGAAAGCCUGAACUCAGGAAAAAAGUUAUGCCUGCAGUUAUAAUUCGCCAGAGAAAACCUUACAGGAGAAAGAAUGGUGUUUUCAUUUACUUUGAAGAUAAUGCUGGAGUUGUAGUCAAUGUGAAAGGGGAAAUGAAAGGGUCUGCAAUUACUGGGCCUGUAUCAAAAGAAUGUGCUGAACUGUGGCCAAGGAUUGCCUCUAAUGCUGGCAGUAUCCAGUAAAAUUAUUCAAUAGAUGUUGUAUAUUGAACAAAAA